GAUUAUCCAGACCACCCCUCCCCGCAACCCUGCCUUCGGACUAAAGCGCCCGGGAGGUCGGCUUGUCAGGCAGGCCUAACAAAGCUCUGGCACAGCAUCCCUGACUUUUUCGACGGAGAUACGCCACGAGCUUGGCACAUCUUUCACCGGCAUGAUCGGGACGAUGUGCGCGAGUGCGCGUCCAGAAAAAGGAUGUAUGACCAAGUCCGCAGAGUCAGAGAUAAGCGAAAGUUAACAUUAUGCAAGGCUGCAAGAUUCGUUUGUUCGAGAAGCGAGGGUGAAAUCAAAACCCACUUGCUAUUACCAAAUUUCCGGAAUGUGAAUGGCGCGAAUGGAGCAAACCACGGUACUGGGCCGGAGCCCGGCUCGGGGAGGAGCCGGUUACAAAACCCACGUACCCGGGUGCAGGUGCACCAUCCGAGUCAUUAUCAUCAACACCACCUUGAGGCUCUGCACACAAGCCACGAGCUACCCAGGAAUAGACAACAAAAGAUUUGUGCUUGAUGCAAAGCAUCACCUGAAGUGCCGGGGCUGACGGGACUCCUCCAAAGUGCUUGAUCGAAAUUUGAACCAUGCCGAAAUCCAAAAUCUCUUCCCG